UGGGCCCUGGAUGGUGUCAGCAUUCGCAUCCCUCCGGGGCAGGUGGCCGCGUUCGUGGGGCCCAGCGGCGCCGGCAAGACCACCAUCGCAUCCCUGGUGCCCCGGCUGUACGACGUCACCGAGGGCGCGGUGCUAAUCGACGGUGUCGACGUGCGCGAGAUACGCCUCGCCGACCUGUCGGAGAUCAUUGGCUUCGUCACCCAAGAGAGCUACCUUUUCCACGCCAGCAUGGAGCGCAACCUGCUCUAUGCCCGCCCCGACGCGACGCGAGAGGAGAUGAUCGCCGCGUGCCGGGCGGCCUACAUUCACGACCGCAUCAUGGACCUGCCCGACGGCUACGACACCAUAGUGGGCGAGCGCGGCUUCCGCCUCUCGGGCGGCGAGAGGCAGCGGCUCUCCAUAGCCCGCGUCAUCCUGCACCAGCCGCGCAUCCUGAUCCUCGAUGAGGCGACGUCGUCGCUGGACACCGCCAGCGAGCGCUACGUUCAGUCGGCACUGGAGCCGCUGAUGGAGGGUCGCACCACCAUGGUUGUGGCCCAUCGCCUCUCCACGAUACUGUCGGCCGACAUCAUUUACGUCCUCGACCGAGGUCGGAUCGUGGAAUACGGCAGCCACGACGAACUGCUCUCCGCGGGCGGCCUCUACGCCCACCUUUACCGCGAGCAGUACCGAGGCGGCCUGGUUGAGGCCUAUUGCGAGGACGGGGUUGUCUACAGCGACGGCAGGGUGGUUCCCCUGGACCCUCGCGAACCCGCCCUCGCCGACCGCCCCCGCUGA